AGGUCCGCCAAGUGGUGACUCUCAAUUCUGCUGCAACGUCGGCGCCACGUCAGGGCUGGGGAAGGAGGCAGCAACAGCACUGGCAUCCCUAGGCACCUUCCAUGUGGUGAUAGGGUGCAGAUCUUUCAAGCGAGGCUACCAGGCAGCUGCUGACAUCAUUCGGCAACAUCCGCAUGCGUCCAUAGAAGUCCUGCCACUCGACCUCUCCCGGCCGGCAUCCGUUGUCCGUUUCUGCCACCUCAUGCGGUCGAGACUAGGGCUGGAUGGGAUGAUGAUCGAUGCAGAGGAGGGGAUUGGGAAGGUGGGAGAAAAGGCAGAAAGUUCUCUUAGUUUUUCCAAAAGCAAUUCUGGUGAGGAGGGUGGGAUUGGGAAGGUGGGAGGAAAGGCUGAAAGUUCUCUUAGUUUUCUCAGAAGCAAUUCCAGUGAGGAGGGUGGGAUUGGGAAGGUGGGAGGAAAGGCUGAAAGUUCUCUUAGUUUUCUCAGAAGCAAUUCUGGUGAGGAGGGUGGGAUUGGGAAGGUGGGAGGAAAGGCGGAGACACAGCAGCAGGGUUCAAGAGAGGGAAAGGAAGAGGAGGGAGAUGAGGGAGAGGAGGAGGAGGAGGAGUGGGAGGAGGAGGGGGAGGGGUUUCUCUGGAGGCAGCAGCAGCAGCAGCAGCAGCGGCAGGCAGUUCCUUCCCUCAUGCCUCCCUUAUGUCUGCUUGUCAACAAUGCUGGCAUCCUUGCUCCCACCGCCUCACACCGCUCUGCACCUGUCGCUCUACCAGUUGACCGCAUGCUAGCCACCAACUAUCUCGGCCCUGUCCUGCUCACACUCCGCCUGCUGCCCCUCAUGGGAAGAAGACCGCCGUCCCUACAAGCACAGGCCCAUGGGGAAGAGCGCACAGGAUCGUGUGGGGAGUCGGAGGAGGGAAGAAGACCGCCGUCCCUACAUGCACAUGCACAUGGUGGGAAGCACACACAAGCUUGCGGGCAGCAGCAGGGGGCACAAGGGCAGGAGGCGAAGGAAGGAGAGGUUUUGAAGGAAUGGGAGGAGAGACUCGAGUGCCGCAUUGUCAAUGUGACCUCCUUCACGCAUCGAUCAGUGCGCCAGCUGUACGUGUCUGACGUGGCAUCACUAGCAGGUGGCGCUGCUGCUCCUGCCAGCUCACCCACGCCUCUGUUCUACCCUGCAGCCAGCAUAUACCAGGCCUCCAAACUGUGUUUGCUCCUCUUCUCACAGCACCUACAGCGUCUCCUCCAAUCAGACCCCUCCACGUGUCACAUCUCUAUGGUACCCAUAGACCCCGGCAUGGUGCGCACUGCUGUUCUGAGGGAGCUGCCCUCCUUCCUCGCAGCCACGGUCAACACCAUCUUCUCCCUCCUCGGCCUCUGUUUGCUCCCUCGCGCCCUCGUCCCUCUCUUCCUCCGCGCCGCCACUGCCCCCCAGGAACAAGUAGCAGGGAAGUACCUGUUUGGAACCCAAGCAACCCCGCUUUUGCCCUCCCGACUUGCUCGUGACACAUUUCUCUCCAACACUCUCUGGCGCACCACUCAAGACCUCCUCGGCCAAUGGGUGUCCAGAUGA